CCUUCUUAGGGGGAGGGGAAGACAAGUUUGUGUGAAGUUGUGAAAAGUUGUCAACUCGAAAAAGAAGAUAAACUCCUCCCGUCUUGAAAAUUAUGAGCAAUCAGCAGCAGGGUGAAAUGGCCGCGGUGGAGAGCGGCGGUGGCUUUGGUCAAAAGCGAAGCUCGCAAGACUCUCAGCAACCAUCUCCACUGGCAAUGUUGGCGGCCACUUGCAGUCGCAUCGACACCCCUGGAGAGACCGACUCUCCUGCUGAGCAGCAACAACAGCAGUUGGACAUGACGCAAGGUGUCUUCACUUCCAAUGCCAAUGGCUGGCAGGUUGUCCCCAUUAGCGCACAGGCGUCGUCAUGUGGCGCAACAGCCACCACCGACUCUGCGGGCGUGCAGACCAGCAGUGAGGCCGUCAAAGGCAGAGGCUUGUUGUCCCCGUCGUCCUCUGUGGCCGUAAGCACUCAGCAGCAGCAGUAUGUCGUCGCUCAGGCACCAGCGCUGCAGAGCCAACAAGUGCUCACAGCCAUACCCAGCGUAAUGCCCAAUAUCCAGUAUCAGGUCAUUCCUCAGUUCCAGACGGUGGACGGUCAGUCGCUGCAGUUUGCACAUAGCCAGCAAGAUUCCACCGUGGCUGCCGCUGCAACUCCUGGCCAGCAGUUCCAAAUAGUGUCCUCCGCCAACGGACAACAGAUCAUAGCCGCCGCCAACAGAGGAGCCGGGGCUGGAAACAUCAUUGCCAUGCCCAGCCUCAUUCAGGGCCCUAUUCCCCUUCAGAAUAUCACCUUAGGCAAUGGAGUGUUGCAAAACCAGCCGCAGUUUCUGGCAAAUAUGCCUGUUUCGCUCAAUGGAAACAUCACGCUGUUACCCAUCAGCACUGGAGCGAGCGCUACAACAACAGAAGGUGAUAGCGGUACCCAACUCACCCAACAGCUGCCAACAUCUUCAAGCACCAGUGCAGGUUACAUGACUAGCGCAACCACAGUCACCACGCCAACCUCCUCCUCAUACGGCUUGACGCAGAGCAAUAACGGGACCGUGGCUGCAACAUACCAACCGAAUGCUGCUUCUCUUGGCGUUCCCAUACAACCGGACAACAGGGAUCAGCAGCAGCAACAACAACAGCAGCAGCAGCAGCAGCAGAUCCUCAUCCAGCCCCAACAGGUCUUACAAGGGGCAUCGCCCCUCCAAACCAUUCAGGCUGGUGCUAUCACAGCAGCAGGCGGUCAGGUGUUCGCCACCCCAACUAUUAGCCAAGAAGGUCUCCAAAACCUCCAAAUAAUGCCAAACACCAGCCCCAUCCUGUUGCGUACAGUCGGGCCCAAUGGCCAGGUUAGCUGGCAGACCUUGCAGAUUCAGAGUCCAGCUGGGGCGCAAAUCACACUAGCCCCAGUGGCACAGACUCAGGGAGCCCCCACCGCUGGUGGUGUAUCGGUCAACACCGUGCAAAUCCCUGGGCUUCAGACCAUCAAUCUCAACACGCUUGGAGGCUCGGGCCUACAGAUGCACCAACUUCAGAGCGUCCCCAUCACCCUCACCAGCACGACAGGAGACCAAACGUUACAGACAGGCACAGAGGGCUUGGAUGACACCACACCCCUCGACGACGAGGAUAUUAGCCCACCGUCACAGGGACGCCGCAACCGCAGAGAGGCCUGCACAUGCCCUUUUUGCAAGGAUGGUGAAAGCCGCAGAGACCCAACCAAAAAGAAGCAGCACAUUUGCCACAUGACCGGAUGUGGGAAGAUCUAUGGCAAGACGUCGCACUUAAGGGCCCACUUGCGCUGGCACACGGGCGAGCGGCCUUUCGUCUGUGGUUGGGCCUUCUGUGGCAAACGCUUCACACGCUCAGAUGAGCUCCAGCGCCACAAGAGGACACACACAGGUGAGAAAAGGUUUGCCUGCCCGGACUGUCCCAAGCGCUUCAUGCGAAGCGACCACCUCUCCAAACACAUCAAAACCCACUUUAACAAGAAGGGGGCGCUCCCCAGCAACAGUGUGGCCGCCGCAUCAGACACCCCUCCCGCCACUCACUCCCCAGGUGGCGAGACCUUGUCGGCGGGCGACCAGCACUCCAUCGUCACUAUGGAGACGCUGUCCCCGGAGAGCUUAGCUCGGCUAGCCAGUAGCGGUAUCAGCAUGGUGCAGGUGGACCUGAAUCACAUCAACGGAAAUUACUAGGAAGAGCAUGUUGAAUUCAGAGACAGCAGAUACUGAUCAAACAGGAUUAUGAAUUUAAAUUUAAAAGUUGGAUUGCCAUUUUGUUUACAGAAAUCGUCCUGCCCCCACGACUACAAUCAUCUCCAUUAUGGGACCGCAAUGAAAUUAAAUUUUUAGCCAUGUCCUACAGCAGUAAUUAUGUCCAACAAACCUAAUACAAACCAAGGCAUUUGCAUGUUCAGCAGUAUAGAAAGCACAAAAAUGUAUGUAUAUAAACUGUAUACAUACACCGUGGUAUGAAGAAUGUGCACCCAUCACAAUUUUUAUUUUCAUUAGUUCAUUACUUUCAUAAGUCUGUGCGCUUGGAUCAGCAACUUCAUCAUGAUGUAUAUUUAAAAAAAAAAAAAAACGUUUGACAUAGUAUUUCAGACAUGAAACUUUAUUAGACUAAUGGAAGAUGUGGCAUGCAUCAAUACAAUUCUACAGGUGCAAAAAUUGGGGCAGCCCAACAGAAUAUAUUGAGUAGAUCUUACUUUUGCCAAAAUAACAGCUUCUAGAUAUUUCCUGUGAAUUCCAGAGAGUUUCUUGAUAGAGGUAUUUUGAACUACUCUUUUCAUAAUCUCAUAUUUGAUGGUUAUUGAGCAUUGACAGCCUGCUCCAGAUCAUCCAAGAGUUUCAUCAAUAUUCAGGCCGGUUGAUGGCCCUUCCCGUAAAAUUUUUACUUGCUCCUUUUGAUGAAUACCAGAGUCGAUUUUGAGCAAUGUUGUGGGUUGUUGCAUUGUUGAAAUAUCAAGCCUUGGCGAAACUUCACAUAUUCAAUAUUCUCAAUGUUGGUGAAAUCCAUGUGACACAUAUUUUGUUUCCCAGUACCAGGACUGUCCACACAGCUGAAUCCACCACCAAAUUUUACUUUGGUUUGCAAGUGUUUUUCUUGGAAUGCAGUGUUUUUUCGUCACAAUAACACCCCUUAUCACCAAAUAAUUCAAUCGUUUCAUCAGUCCACGGUAUUUUCCAAAUUCAAGCUGGCUUGUCCAAAUGUGCUUUUGCAUACCUCAAUUUUGUGUGGCAUGUGUACAGUAAAAAAACACUCCCACGUCACUGUCCUAAGAAGCUUCUUGUGCAAAGUGCGCUGAAUUGUUGAAUGAUGCCUAGUGAUACCAUCUGCAGUAAAAUCAUGUAAUUUUUGGGUGGGAGUCAAUAAUAAUUGUUUGUGGUCUUCCAUUUUGUUUGCCAAACUAGUUUUACUUCUGAAAUUUUUUUUUUUUUUUUUUAAACAUUAUCAAAAUGAAGUUGCAGAUCCAAACCACCAGAUUUCAGUAAUGAAAAUUAUCAGGGGUACAUUUUGAUACCACUGUAUAGAUCCGAGUUCCCCAGAAAACUUGCAAAUCCUGGUUAUAGAGAAGUUCACUGGUGGCCCACCAUAUUUUUUGCAAAAAAUGUUUACUGGAAUUUCAAAGUUUUUACUAUUGUGCUAUUAUAAACCAUGAAUUAACUGUACCUAAACAGUCUUACAAAAAGGCAGUCGGUUAAUCGUCGGUUAAAAUACAAUGCAAUUCAGUGUGAAGGCAUGGAGCUGGGACAGGUUUCUUCACAUAUCGACCAUAAGAUGUUGCUAUUGUGUUUUCAAACCUAUCACGACGCGGUUAAAAUAUGUAUACUUCUGUUGCGCCGUUUUAGGCUGGGGAGGGGAUAAACCUGGCUGCCCACCAGGCUUUAAAAGCACUGGGGGAAUCUUGGCAUACAUGCUUACAUUACAUGUCACUAUGCAUUAAAUGGCUAUCAAGACAUCCAUUCUUAAUGCCAAAAGGAGUACAUCAUAUUCUUUGUCCAUCUUUGGGAGAACUGGAAUUUUUUACACCAUCCCGACUGGUAACGAUGACAUGUCAUUUGUGCAAAAGAAAAUAUAAUCAUGAGUAACAUUUCUAGAUGGACAGCCAGUCUAAAGUGCUAUGAUUGUUUCAUUGCAAAAACAAAACCCAAUAGGUUUAAGUGUGUGUAUAUAUAAAUAUAUAUUUGCUAUUAAAAAUUUUCAGAAAUCUUAGCUUAGGCAGGAUGGUCCCUUUUGAUUGUGAGAGGAUGCCUUUUUAGUCCUUCACCUCUCGUGUACAAUCUUAAUGAGUUUUGUUGGUGUACGUUGAUCAAUUGAAUGAUUCAUUUGUAUACAGUCAUGAUGUCCUAAUACAGCCCCGGAUCCCCCGUGGUACUAGCCGACACUUUGCCUUGUGGAGUUAUAUUUUGUGAAAUAUGUUUGUACAAAGCCAGCCGUACAGCACAAAUGCUCAUACCAAAGGUUCGCACAAAAAGAAGCAAAAAUGCAGGCGUGGUGAUCUCUUUUUGGUGGAUUGUAACUGGACAAAGUGAAAGAUAUGAGACCAUGGGUUCUCAUUUAUGUUGCUCUGUAUUAAAAAGGUCAAUUUGUAAGGACACUCGUCACCAACGUGAUAGUCUUCCUUCACUGUGUCUGUGUCAGGCAUUUAGUAAUUCUUUUUGUAAUCUACAGACAAGUGCCCUUUUCCUCUUCUCUGUUUCAUAAGGGAUUUUAUAUUGUAUAAUACUGCAAACACAAACAGCUGGAUGAAAACCUAAAAUAUUCUCUUGCUUUUUUUUUUUUUUAAAUAAAAUGUGUCCCACUGAAAAACAA